CGUUGUUCCAGGGAGAACUGUAAGUACCUACACCCUCCUCCCCACCUGAAGACCCAGCUGGAGAUCAACGGUAGGAACAACCUGAUCCAACAGAAGAACAUGGCCAUGCUGGCACAUCAGAUGCAGCUGGCCAACGCCAUGAUGCCCAGCACACAGCUACAGACUACAUGUAUGCCGGUCCCCAUGUUCUCUGUGACGCCCAGCCUUGCCUCUAAUGCCAGUGCUGUCGUGGCCGCUGCGUUUAACCCCUACCUGGGCCCGGUGUCGCCCGGCCUGAUGCCCACUGAGAUCAUGUCCAGCGCCCCGGUCCUGGUGACCAGUAACCCCAACGUCUCCAUGCCCUCUGCUGCUGCUGCUGCCGCUGCACAGAAACUCAUGAGGACAGACAGACUGGAGGUAUGUCGGGAGUACCAGAGAGGUAACUGUACGCGGGGGGAGAAUGACUGUCGCUUCGCCCACCCCUCAGACAGCACCAUGAUAGACACCAACGACAACACCGUGACCGUGUGUAUGGACUACAUAAAGGGUCGCUGCUCCAGGGAGAAGUGUAAAUACUUCCACCCUCCAGCCCACCUGCAGGCCAAGAUAAAGGCUGGCCAACACCAGGUCAACCAGGCUGCUGCCGCAGCAGCCAUGGGGCUCUCACCUGUUUUACCUCCAUUACCAAAGAGACCCACACUUGAAAAAGCCAACGGUGCCACUGCCAUGUUCAACGCCUCCAACAUGUUCCAGUACCAACAGGCCCUGGCCAACAUGCAGUUUCAGCAGCAGUUUAUCCCAUCAGGCUCGAUAUUGUGCAUGACACCUGCAACAAGUGUUGAAUGGGACUGGACUGGAUUGGGACAGACUGUGGGUUGCAGACAGGUACCCAUGAUGCACGGUGCUACGCCCGCCACUGUGUCUGCAGCCAACUCCUCUGCCACAAGUGUUCCCUUUGCAACCGCAACAGCCAAUCAGAUUCCAAUAAUAUCUACAGAUAAUCUUACGAGUCACAAGUAUGUAACUCAGAUGUAGAAGUCUCUACGAGAACAAUGAAACUGGAGUGUGCUGGUGUCCCAUCCGUCCCAGACAACAGUUCACCCUUCAUGCCUGUAACCACAGAAAUAGAAUAUUUAGAAUGGAUUCUAUGUCUAUGCCUGUAAGCAAAGAUAUAGAAUCUUUAGAAUAGUUUCUAUGUCUAUGCCUGUAACAUCCAGAACACCAGGAGACUCCAACCACCUGUAAACUGUAGUGGUUCUGACAUGCAUGCUACUCAAAGAGAUCUAGUUUGUCAUAAGGUGGUGAACAUGUGUAUCCUACACACACCAUACGGACAACAGCACCUCCUACACAGAGAGGAACUGUGUCAUCUACAGAACAUUACAGCCCGUCUUUAUAUCUGUGGAGGCGUCAUCCAUUAUAACACCGGACACACUUUGAAUGUCAACAUGAGGAGAUAGUCACACCCACUAGUUUGGUAUGUCAGCAGACCAAGAAUCUCUUUUAUGUUAUAUUCAGUUUGUUUUUCUUUCAUUUAUGUGAUUUUUUCAUGGUUUACACAAAACAAAGUUGCACCUUGUAUUUUAAACAAGAAGGGGAAAUGACGAGGAAUAGUAACUAAAUGCCAUAUUAGACUGAGAGAAUUGUGCAUGGCUUGUUUCUAGGUGAUCUGGUUCUUUACAAGACCAACUUGGUUGAAAUGGGUUAGUGGGCUUGGUGCCAUAAGGACAGCUGAAUGUUGUGGGUUUAUUACACCUUUGUGUUUUAAAACCCAUCCCAGCUUUACUAGAUAUGUUGCAAGCUCCACUUAAAGUGCCAUAGACUAUGUACGUAUAUCCCCAAAAACAUUGAGUGUUAUUCGGUCAUUAUAGACAUGUUACAGUGUUAACCUGGGGAACGCCUUCAAAGUCUCUAAUGUCUCUAGUGUCCUUGUUCCGUGAAUGUUUGUCUACAGUUUGACAUCAUUAACAGAUGAACCAUUCAUGGUCUUUGCCUCUUGGGUACACAGUUACCCCCCUUAGGUUGUUUGGGUUACCUCUGGUCUUCUGUUGGUUUUCUUUUCAUUUGCCUUGACCUUAGAUUCCACGGUGUGAGUCAGACAGAGAAGGGGUAUUGGUUCUGUUAGGACCCCGUCCUCUCUGGGUAUAAAGUAUAAUGACUAGUUGGUUCUGUUAGGACCUGGUCCUCUCUGUCUAUGGGUAUAAAGUAUAAUGACUAGUUGGUUCUGUUAGGACCUGGUCCUCUCUGUCUCUGGGUAUAACGUCUAUAGACUCUAGUUGGUUCUGUUAGGACCCAGUCCUCUCUGGGUAUAAAGUCUAUAGACUCUAGUUGGUUCUGUGAGGACCCAGUCCUCUUUGUAUCUGAGUAUAAAGUCUAUAGACUCUACUUGGUUCUGUCAGGAGCCAGUCCUCUCUGUCUUUGGGUAUAAAGUAUAAUAACUAAUUGGUUCUGUUAGGACCUGGUCCUCUCUGAGUAUAAAGUCUAUAGACUCUAGUUGGUUCUGUUAGGCCCUGGCCCUCUCUAUCUCUUGGUAUAAAGUCUAUAGACUCUAGUUGGUUCUGUUAGGACCUGGUCCUCUCUGUCUAUGGGUAUAAAGUCUAUAGUCUCUAGUUGGUUCUGUUAGGACCUGGUCCUCUCUGGGUAUGAAGUCUAUAGACUCUAGUUGGUUCUGUUAGGACCCAGUCCUCUCUGUCUCUGGGUAUAAAGUCUAUAGACUCUAGUUGGUUCUGUUAGAACCCAGUCCUCUCUGGGUAUAAAGGCUAUAGACUCUAGUUGGUUCUGUUAGGACCUGGUCCUCUCCGUCUCUGGGAUUAAAGGCAAUAGACUCUAGUUGGUUCUGUUAGGACCCAGUCCUCUCUGGGUAUAAAGGCUAUAGACUCUAGUUGGUUUUGUUAGAACCCAGUCCUCUCUGGGUAUAAAGGCUAUAGACUCUAGUUGGUUCUGUUAGGACCCAGUCCUCUCUGGGUAUAAAGGCUAUAGACUCUAGUUGGUUCUGUUAGGACCCAGUCCUCUCUGUUUCUGAGUAUAACGUUUAUAGACUGUAAAGGCUUAAUGCAUGGGGCUUUGGCCCUGGACCCAAUAUUAUGCCAAAAGUCUCACUUGUGAAGAAGAAGGGGUGGAGACUGUUAAAAAGGAAGGAUAGAAUGAAGAACUACUGAAAGUUGCGUGAUAAACCAAACCGCUGAGUGGAGUGAGGAGCACUUUCCAAGAGUUACAGGGUGGCUUAUGGUUGAGUUGUUCUAACAUGGUGUGGUUUUCAUUUUAUUAUAAUUCAUUUAAUGAUUUUUUAAAAAUUGUAUGUUUUAUUAAGUGCAGUUUAUAUGGUCUAUGAUAUGUGAGAGAACUUGCGAAAACACAUUAUGUGUAUUUUAAUGUGUGAUAGUAUGGAUGCUUUUGGAUAGAUACAGUCAAAUGUUUUUGGGGUAUUUUUCUUCUGUGUUCUGUGUUGACAUAUGUGGGUGCACUAGUGGAGCUCUGUUCAGCAAAUGUGUGGGGCCAAAAUCACAGAUGAAGUUGUGUAUGGACAAGAGGGGGGUGAGUGUAAAUUUGUGUAUGGAAGCGUGGGGGAGUGUAGAUUGUUUUUUGGUUUAAACCCUCAUGCUUCUGCAUGCAUUGUAUGAAAAGACAUGGUAUGGAAGAGCUUGACCUGAUUGUAUUACUCAUCCAAAGCCUUAGAAAACACCACGAGGUCGGCACAAUGCAAGAAGCCAUUUCAAAUCGUCCUCUUGCCUAACCCUUGCUGUUGUGUCGCCACACAAAGCUUUCGUGGUAUAUAUGAUUGUUGUCUUUCACUCUAAACAUGUAUUUCUUGUUGAGUUAGUUUUUUUCAAGAAGAUGAAUGUCUUAUUUCAUUUUGUUUAAUGCACGGAUUACAUUUUUGAUAUUUAGUUAAAGGAGUUUUGUCUAACUAGAUUUUACCAGUAACUUUUGUAGGAUUCUGAAUAGUAGGUAAUAUGUGUGUGUUUUGUGUUCUUCAUACCAUAUUUUAGUUUUCUGAAAUUACCUGUAAUGUUGAUUUGAAUAUUUACUGUAGUGUUAUGAUUGUAAACUGAAUGAUAUUUUUAUUUUCUGUGAACUCUAAGAAUUAUUUUAAUUUCUUGUCUGUUUGAGUUCCUUGAAACAAAGAUCUUUUGUGUGGGUAUCUGAGGAAAUACUAGGAGAGUGAGGCUUGCUGUGACAGCGCUCACUGACAGUGGAGUAUUAUUUGAAUGAUCAUCUGGUUUGUAACUAGUCUUAUAAGGAAAAAAAUAUUAUUAAAAAAUCUCAUUCUUA